AAAUGCUCAUCUUUAUCCAGAACGACGCCUGAAAAAGUAACCAGAAAUCCAAACUGAAAUAAUCCCUUCUUUCGUGAAAACUUUUUUUUUUUAAUUUUCCCGCCACCACCAGCACUGAAUUUAAAAAAAGAGAUCGAAACAAUGAACCAUUUAUCACUAUCUAUUCCAAACUGUCACAACAGCAUCAUCAUCAGAAUCGAUAAUGCUUCCUCAAUUAUCCAUCGCAAUUCCCCAAUUAGCUUCACAAUUCAAUCCUCAUCUAAUCCACUACGGCCCCGUUUUACACGCACCGUUUCAAGAUCUCAUUCUCCUCCUUCAAAUCCACAAAACAGCUCACAACAAGGUGAUGAAAAUGACCCCGAAUCCCAUGUUGAAACCCUGCGCGUUCCUGACCACUGGUUACUCCCUCCUAACGCACUACAGGAAUCGGAAUGGCUUAGGGUUACGCUACACAAAUGGCUUGAUGACGAGUACUGUCCAGAGGAAACUAAUAUAGAAAUAAGCAAGGUUGCUGCAAGGUCAUAUUAGGAGUGUUUGGUAGAGAAACGGAAUGACCUAGGUGAGAUUUUGUUGAGGAUGGCUAGAGAUUUGGAAUCUAUUUCUUAUCAAGAAAGUUUUCAUGGCGCAUUCUCCUCAGCUAAUGCUGCUGUUAAUUUGAUUGCCCAACGUAUAGAGUUUCUUCAAGAUUGAUGCAAGCUUAAUACGUGCAUAAGAAAAUCAGUACAGUCAAGGUGCAUUUCACAACAACAAACACCAAAGUUGAGAAGAUUUGAAAUCAUUCGCUCUCUGCCUUGCAAGUAAGAGUAAUUUUUGGAUAAAUAUGUCGUAUUGAUUUUGAUACAAUGGAAAGAGUCCACUUGAUCUGAAACUGAAAUAACGUUUUCAUGAUAUAGCAACUCCUGAUAAUGAAAAUUUUCAUUUCUAGACAUGCUAUGAUGAUUGAUGAGGGUGCCCAUACGGCAAGGCAGAUGUAUUAGUUUCACUUUCAGGUGCAUGCCUGUGCUAUUAUUCGUUUGAUGCCUCAUAAAUGAUUAAACUACCUUGUACGUUUAAUAGUUUAAUGAUUUGACAUCUUAUCUACACUGGAAUUAUUCAGGAGUUAAAAAUCUCUCUUUCUUUUACUAAAAGGUGUUAGACUUUUCUUAAAGUUUUAUUAAUUUAUAUAGAAAGGGGGAAGGGACUCCGAGGUUUUUCCUA